AGACUCAGCUCCCAGAAGGCCGCGCAGGCCGCGGCCGAGGCCGAGGCGCCAGGUGUGGGCUGGGGCGCCAGGCGGUUAAGGUAGGGUUGUGCGCUCCGCCGGGCCCGGGGCGGCGCCAUGACCUUGUUUCACUUCGGAAACUGCUUCGCACUGGCCUACUUCCCCUACUUCAUCACCUACAAGUGCAGCGGCCUGUCCGAGUACAAUGCCUUCUGGAAGUGCGUCCAGGCUGGCGUCACCUACCUCUUCGUGCAGCUCUGCAAGAUGUUGUUCCUGGCCACUUUCUUUCCCACCUGGGAAGGCGGCAUCUAUGACUUCAUUGGGGAGUUCAUGAAGGCCAGCGUGGAUGUGGCAGAUCUAGUAGGCCUAAACCUUGUCAUGUCCCGGAAUGCCGGCAAAGGGGAAUACAAGAUCAUGGUUGCUGCCCUGGGCUGGGCCACCGCGGAGCUCAUUAUGUCCCGUUGCAUCCCUCUCUGGGUUGGAGCCCGGGGCAUUGAGUUUGACUGGAAGUACAUCCAGAUGAGCAUUGACUCCAACAUCAGUCUGGUCCAUUACAUCGUCGCAUCUGCCCAGGUGUGGAUGAUAACACGCUAUGACCUGUACCACACUUUCCGGCCAGCCGUCCUCCUGCUGAUGUUCCUCAGUGUCUAUAAGGCCUUUGUCAUGGAGACCUUCGUCCACCUUUGUUCCUUGGGCAGCUGGACGGCACUUCUGGCCCGAGCAGUAGUGACGGGGCUGCUGGCCCUCAGCACCCUUGCCUUGUAUGUCGCCGUUGUCAACGUGCACUCCUAGGCUUGGUGUCCCAUAUACCUUUUCCUUGUCUACAGGUUUUCGUGAAAUAAACAGUAUUUGGAAAGU